CCCUGGGCGCACGGGGAGCGCAUAUAAGGCGGCGGGAGCCGGGUGCUCGGCACAAACCUCCAGGGCCCGGCACGUCUCCAGGAUGCAGCUCCCACUAGUGGUUCUGGCCGGCAUGGCCCUCCUGUGUGUGGCUGACCCUCUGCGCCACCCCACCGGCUCCCGCGUGGCCCAGCUCUCUGCCGACUUUGGGGUGAAGGUUUUCCGGGAGGUGGCCAAGGUGUCCCCGGAUCGUAACGUGGCCUUCUCCCCUUUUGGGGUGGCCUCUGUACUGGCCAUGCUGCAGAUGGCGGCCGCCGGGGAGAGUCGGAGUCAGAUCAAGGCAGCCAUGGAGUACGGGGUCCAUGAGCGGGGCAUCCCCCAGGCCCUGCGGUGGCUGCGCAAGGAGCUGACGGCCCCGAAGAAUCAGGACAAGGUGGAUGUCGCCGAUGCGCUCUUCGUGCAGCGUGACCUGGGGCUGGCCCCUGGGUUCAUGAAGACGUUCGCCCGCGCCUUCCGCCAGACCGUCAAACAGGUCAACUUCACGGAGGGCGAGCGGGCUCGCUUCAUCAUCAACGACUGGGUCAAGGACAGCACCCACGGGAUGAUCAGUGACUUCCUGGGGCCGGGCACCGUGGAUGACCUGACCCGCCUGGUGCUGGUGAACGCUGUGUAUUUCAAGGGGCUCUGGAAGCUGCCUUUCCCGGAGGCGGCCACGCGCCAGCGCAUCUUCCACAAGUCGGACGGGAGCAGUGUGGUGGUGCCCAUGAUGGAGCAGACGGCCAAGUUCAACUACGGCGAGUUCCUCACCCCGGACCGAGUGGACUACGACGUGGUGGAGCUGCCGUACCACGGGGACACGCUCAGCAUGCUCAUCGCCGCCCCCUACCGCCGAGAGGUGCCCCUGGCCGCCCUGACCCGGGUCCUCGACGCCCAGCUGGUGGGCAAGUGGAAGACGAACAUGACCCGAGUGCCCCGGCAGCUCGUGCUUCCCAAGUGAGAACCCGCGCCCCCUUGUCCUCAA